AUGCCACGCAAAGGCCUUGAUACAUUUUGGCUUAUAGUAGUGACCAGAGAAGACAGGCUAUGGAACGAAGUGAAGUACGUCGUGCGCUGCACCUACAUCAAGCAGCUCCUCCCCAACCUCGAGCCCACCCUGGCCGCAAUGAUUUUGCAGUGGGAACGUGGCCAGCGGCAAAUCGACCACAUCGUCCUCCACUCACACUCCGUCAGCGGUGACAAUAUGGUCGACUGGGAUAAGCUGACCCCACUGGUGGCCGAGCUGGCCGGGAAGCUCGCGCGCGGGAAAACCGGCGCUGUCUCACUGGGCGGCGACUCGAACACAUGGCUGAUACGCCGUCACCGUUGGAGCAAUGAGGGUCUCCUGAUUGCCGUGCGGCCCAAGAUGAUCUUGAUCGUCACGUGUGACUACACGUUCCGCAGGGGUUCGCCUUGGACUGACUGGCACAAGUACAACAGGGCCAUCGAUCGCGCCGAGGUGCAACUGCGCCCGCGUCGUCUGAAAGUCCACUACGAUGAGGAGCUCAAUAUGUGGUCCGAGUCGGUUGGCGAGUUGGAGCUCCUCUUCCACAAGCGCAAGUUUGAGGCCGGCGUCAAGCAGUUCCACGCUCAAGCCCCCUUUUGCUCGAUCCCGAAGCGAGAGCUUGCCAUUCACCAGUUCUUGGACAAUCCGGCUGCUACCCGCUUCUUGCUGGAGCCGGAAUUUGGACUGGAGUCGCCGUACAAGGCCGUGGACCACGUGGUCAAGUACUACGCCCAGAACCAGUACGCGAAGGAGGAA